AUGACCUGUGGGGGCUGCAGUGGAGGCUGUAGCUCCUGUGGAGGCUGCAAGCCUUGCUGCUCUUCAGGCUGUGGGUCAUCUUGCUGUCAGUCUAGCUGCUGCAAACCCUGCUGCUGUCAGUCCAGUUGUUGCAAGCCCUGCUGCUGCCAGUCCAGCUGCUGUAAGCCCUGCUGCUGUGAGUCCAGCUGCUGUAAGCCCUGCUGUUGUCAAUCCAGCUGCUGCAAACCCUGCUGCUGCCAGUCCAGCUGUUGCAAGCCCUGCUGCUGCCAGUCCAGCUGCUGUAAGCCCUGCUGCUGUGAGUCCAGCUGCUGUAAGCCCUGCUGCUGCCAAUCCAGCUGCUGCAAACCCUGUUGCUGUCAGUCCAGCUGCUGCAAUCCCUGCUGCUGUCAGUCCAGCUGCUGCAAGCCCUGCUGCUGUCAGUCCAGCUGCUGCAAACCCUGCUGCUGUCAGUCCAGCUGCUGCAAGCCCUGCUGCUCUUCAGGCUGUGGGUCAUCUUGCUGUCAGUCCAGCUGCUGUAAACCUUGCUGCUGUUAAUCCAGCUGCUGUGCUCCUGUGUGCUGCCAAUGCAAGAUCUAAGGUUCUGGUCACAGUCCUCCAGUAGUCCUGCAGACCAGUUCCCUCCACACAGGGAUAGGAAUGGCAGCCCUGAGGUUCACCUUUGUGUCUUCAUCCUCUGGUCCUGAAGCUACAUCUCCAGACUGAGGGGGAUAUGUCUUGGUGUGGAGAAGAACACCUCUUGCUGGGAGCUCACUCCCCAUUCCACACUCAGUGGAUCAGAUCUCCAUCCACUUUCUUCUCUCUGGUCUCCAGGACUCUUGACCUCCUUGGGAUCUGGCCUCACCUGGAGGCUCCAUUGUGUCCACAGGUCAGUAGCAGACUAUGGAGUUCCCCAGAACUUGUGCCCCCGGGAUCUGUGAACUCCUUUCCACCAAGCUUGGCCUGGCCAGGCCCAUCUUCACUUGACCUCCUCUGGGUUUCUGUUCUUUCUGAUUCUUUGUUGGGGUGUGCAUUGUGCCUUUGAUACAAACAUCCUUCAAUAAACAUUCUCUGCUCACUG